AACAUGCAAAGUGCACAUUGGCUAGGCUUUCGCCUGGCUCUGGCUCUGGCUCUGGUGGCUUCCAUAGAAGCGAAUGUGGAUAUCAAUAGGGCUACGGCCAGCCAGAUCCGCCAGAACCUGAAUAGAACAGCAUCGCCCUGCACGGAUUUCUGGAGCUUUGCCUGCGGUGGCUUCGCCAACAACAACAACACUUCAGCCUCCAAGUAUGUGGACAACUUUGAAUGGGUCGAGGACCACUUUGCCACAGCCCUGAUGGAGUUCAUGGAGAGCGACUUGGAAGCUAAUGAUACCCAGGCACCGAAACUUAUCCACCAAAUGAGAACGUAUUACAAGGCUUGCACCAGCGACAAGGUGCAGUGGACGCCCGCAGAUCCUCCAGAGACAAUCCAACGUUGGGCAAGAGCCAGUACAGGACCCCUUGGCAUAGCCUUUGAUGAGCGGGCGGAUGUGGCCACCAAUGAUUCCACGCGUCGGGUUGUCCAGUUGACGAUGCCCGAGCCAAGCGCUAGAUAUAGGAUGCUUAGGGCCCUGCAGAUUAUAGAAAAUCCAAACAGUUACUACAAAGACAAGGAUAAUCUGACACAAUUUAUCAAGGACUUACAGGAGCUGCAGGAUAAGCAUCUCGGGGAUGAGCCGACUGUGCACACAUGGACCUACGAAGAAAUGUUCGAACAAAUUCCCCAUCUGGCCUGGGAAGAGAUCCUUAGUGAGCUAUUCGAGGUCAGCAGGAACUCGCCUCUUUUCAAUAACCUCAUCUUCGAGGUGAGCAAUGUCGAGUAUUUUCGGGAAUUGGUUCAGCUUCUGAGGUUCGUUAAAUUUGAGGAUUAUAAGGAGUAUUCAAGGGUACACCACUUGGUUGUCCUGCAAGAAGCGGCGCCUAGGAACCGCAAUCCCAAGUCCUGCAUUCACCACAUGCGUGCCAUUCUGCCGCUGGGCAUGAAUUAUAUUUACGAUCGCUGUGUGUACCAAAACCGGGAGCAGGACACUCGUCGACUGCAGGAGAUCUUCACCAGGUUGAAGGCCACCUUUAAAAAGUACUUGAAGGCCAAUCGUCUAGAGCUCAGUGCCGAGAUGUUGGCCUUCCUUGAAGACAAGUUAGAGGGCAUGCAGCUGAAGGUUGGUAACCUGCCGGAGGAGAAGGCCCCUGAGUUUUAUGACUCGCACUAUGAAAGCGCCGAUUUCAAGGAUUCCACUUUCCUGGACAACCUUAUUGAGGGCCUGGCACUACGCACCCGUCUACAGCACGCAGGACUCCUUCAGCCAAACGCUAGGCUAGAUCUCCGGCGUUACUACGUCAACGAUAAUGUGGUUAAAGCUCGCACUUCUCCAUUUUAUGAGAACGAAAGGAACACGAUAACCGUGCCCAUGGAAUUCCUGCAGUUUCCUCUGUUCGACCACCGCCAGCAUCCCAUCUUCCAGGAGAGCCUUAUGGGAGCGGUGUUGGGUCACGAAAUGAGCCAUGCCUUUGAACAGGAGGCCGUGCUCUUCGAUUCCUCGGGAAAUGAGUCACCCAUUGGCUUUCAGAUCCUCGAAUCAAAGGGUUUUCAGGAGGCCAUUAAGUGCGCUAGGGGCGAACAAGCCGCCGUUUCCCUGAAAGAGCGCCUGGCCGAUCUCAAUGGCCUCCAGUUGGCCUACGACUCCUUCUUUGGUUUGAAUCACGACUCAAGGCAGCUCGAAUAUCGUCCUUAUGCCUUCGAAGCGGAGUUCAGGGCGCCGCAACUGUUCCACCUGGGCUACGCCCAGUUCUUCUGCGGAUCUCUGCCUCCGGUGAUUGCCCACGAUCGAGACAACGAGCGUGUGAACGUGAGCGUUGGCAAUUUGCGUCAAUUUGCAUUCGACUUCCAGUGCCAUCCGCAGGUGCCUUCACCUCCGCCUUCCCUGUGUGAAAUGUGGCGUCCACGUCCAUGAUUGAGUCCAAAUCAGCUGUAUUGCAGUCAUAACUAUAAAAUGUAAUACAGAAUAUAAGCUGAUCAGAAUCUACAAUUACCAGUCUUACAUUAUUCACAGCUAGAAUGAAGGCUUAUUGGAUUUUUUAACAAUUUACUGGGAUAUAUUGUUUACUUUUAAAAUUUUAAUAAUAAAUUGCGUCAAAAUUUAGAACAACUUA